AUGCCCUCGAUCCAUCAUCAAUCGACAUCAACACAUUCCGUAGUCGCUCCUUCUCAUUCCCAUGGACAUCCUCAGGUGCUCGACACGACUUGUUCUGCGGCACAGUUUCAUGGCAACGACUCCUCGCCAGCGCAGACUACCCGGUCUCAGAGCAGUCACGCGUCGGCAGCAUCACCACAUGCUUUUCAGAAAGACCGCGAUUUAUCUUUACAGCCUCUCGUCAACAGUGGCAGUAGUAUUCCUGGUAUACUGGUCAGUCUACCCGCGGUACAACGUGAGACUCGGGAUUCACGGUCGGUCCCUCUGGAGCAUUACUUGAACCAACUGGCAAUAUGGCCGGACUCAAUUCCCACUCAAGUCGAGGAUCACCUCGUCAAUGUCUACUUCGACAAUGCCAAUAGGAGAUGGCCCUUCCUCUUGAAGAAUGUUUUCUAUGGGUGGCAUUUGGCCUGGAAGAGAAGAUCAACUGAACAAGAUCACAGAGAUCUAUGGCAAGGCUUUUUUGUAAACAUGCUCUUCGCCGUCAGUCUGCUGCUUGAUCCCAAAAACCCUCUGAGCGUGUCCUACACUUCGCAGAACUUCUACGACCAAGCGGUCAACAACCACCUACCUGCCGUUCUUCGACAACCAAGUCGCUUGCUACAUGUUCAAGCGCAUCUUAUGAUGUCUCUACAUGCUCUGUUCUCACCGUCGACGGAGCAAAUUGCUCUCAUGAUCUCCUCUGCCGUCCGCUACUGCAUUGUUGCUCAGUUUCACUUGGCCGAUUCCGAACCAAAAGCGUUGGAUGCUGAAACGCGCAUGGAGGUACAGAUGCGGCGAAGAGCAUUUUGGGUUGCAUACGGUCUGGACCGCCUGGCUUGUGGUGUGUUGCGACUACCAUUUUCCAUUGCGGAUGACAACAUUACUGUCCCGCUCUUCGACAACAUGGACGACUCGGCUCUUUUGGAUGGCUCCUUCGCCUCCAAUUCUCCCACUACAUACACUUCUGUUUCGUCGGCCUUGCAUCGAGAACGAUGUUUCCAAAUUCAGUCUGAAAUUCUUAAUGUUACCAUGAGGGCCGACUUCGCCAUGACCUUCGACUCCUUGUCGGACUGGAGAUCUUAUAUUCUAACAAAGCUCGAGCAUUGGAAGUCUCAACUCCAGGAGGCUGCAGACUCAGACAGCAAGAGUCCUACGGAUGAGCGAUGGAUUCUAAUCGUUUACAAUCAUUGUCUUCUCUACCUUCACAUACCUACAAAGUCCAACGUCCGUGGUCCAGCGGGUGACUGGUCCAUGAAAGCAAGCACUCAGACGAUCCUGAUCUUUCGCAAGUUUCAAGGCUAUCGAACCAUUCCUCACCCAAUGCUAGGGCUUAUCAGUCAGUUCUCGAUCGGAAUCACAAUUCUAUAUUGUCUUUGGGCGACUCCGCCGAAGUUCAGGACGGAAGCAUACAAUUCCAAGCACGUCUUCGAAGCAAUCAGGGCCUGUUCAAAUAAUCUCGCUAUCAUAACCGAAAGAUGGGAGAGCACAAAGGAUCUUUCAGAUAUCUUCGAGCUGCUAGCGACCGACAUACCACUGGCGGAAAGCGACGUGGUUACUAGAGAGCGAGCGACAACAUGCAUCAGUUAUGAGGCCGCAGAACAGAUCCAGUCGAGGCUACCUCAUGUCAAGUCAUUAGUGCUGAAUCAGGAGAUCAUCCGAAUGAUCGAGGAGAUGGUCAGCGAAGACUUUCCCCGAGACGAGGAUGUUCUCGCGGACAUAUAUGUCGGUAUGGGAGACAAACUCGAUCUUUCUGCUACUGGUCUGCCAACACCGAGUCAAGCAUUCUUCGCCAACAGCUUGCCUUUGUAUCAAUUCCCGAGUCCUUACAUGCCGGGUGACUCAGCUGGCAAUCAUCUUGUCGCCCUCCCUUCCGGCCAGACUCUGGAGUUUCCUGGAAGCCUCUCUGGGUACGAAAUGUACUGACAUCUAGACCUUUGAUGAUGGUGAUUAGGACAUGGUUAGCCGCCCUUGGAGGGCAAAGACAGGUUCGAGCAGGCGCAAUCUGAGCCGGGUAUAUACCGCGUGAUUCGAGGCCGG